UCCCCCAAGUGGCCACUGGACCCUAGAGGGCCCUGACCCUCUCCUCCUACCCAGUGAGGCGGAGCUGUGGCCUCCUGCUUAUCUCUCCCCAGGCGGCCUGCAGGCCCUGCCCGCCCCCAAGGGGGUGGGGUGGGAAGCUGCCACUUGGAGGCACUGAGCCGGGAAGGGGCUGGUCAGCUGUGUCCGGCGGAGGCAGCUGCUGACCCAGCUGUGGACUGCGGUGGAGACGGGGUGGAGGGGCUGGAGCCCUGGACCCCCAUCGUGGGGUCUGCUCCAUGGACCCUCUUUGGGCACCCCGAGUUGGCUCUCUCUGUCUCCUGCUUGCUGGAACCACCUGGGCCCCCUUACCCAAUCCAGACCCCAAGUUUGAACGCAAAGUGGCCCUGCUGGGGGCCCGGGGGCCCGAGGAGGAGCUGCUGUGCUUUACGGAGCGGCUGGAGGAUUUGGUGUGUUUCUGGGAGGAAGCAGCCAGCGUCGGGGUGGGCCCUCACAACUACAGCUUCACCUAUCAGCUCGAGGGCGAGCCAUGGAAGCUAUGUCAACUGCGCCAGGCGCUCACGGCCAGCGGCGCGGUGCGCUUCUGGUGCUCGCUGCCCACGGCCGACACGUCGAGCUUCGUGCCCCUAGAGCUGCGCGUCACGUUGGCCGGCGCCCCCCGCUACCACCGCAUCAUCCACGUCAAUGAAGUGGUGUUUCUGGACCCUCCCACAGGGCUGGUGGUGCGACAGGCGGACGAGGGCAGCCACGUGGUGCUGCGCUGGCUCCCCCCGCCUGGCGCGCCCAUGACCAGCCACAUCCGCUACGAAGUGGACGUCUCUGCGGGCGGCGGCGCCGGGGGCGCGCAGAGGGCCGAGAUCCUGCCGGGCCGCACCGAGUGUGUGCUGAGCAAUCUGCGGGCCAGGACGCGUUACACCUUCGCGGUCCGCGCGCGGAUGGCCGAGCCGAGCUUUGGUGGCUUCUGGAGCGCCUGGUCGGAGACGGUGUCACUGCGGACGGCUAGCGACCUGGAUCCCCUCAUCCUGACGCUCUCCUUCAUCCUGGUACUCACCCUGCUGCUGCUGGUCGUGCUCGCCCUGCUCUCCCACCGCCGGGCUCUGAAGCAGAAGAUCUGGCCAGGUAUCCCGAGCCCCGAGAGCGAGUUUGAGGGCCUCUUCACCACACACAAGGGGAACUUCCAGCUGUGGUUGUACCAGAAUGAAGACUGUUUAUGGUGGAGCCCCUGCACCCCCUUCGUGGAAGACCCCCCUGCUCCCCUAGAAGUUCUGUCUGAGCGCUGCUGGGGGGCCACCCCGGCAGUGGAGCCAGGGGCAGCAGAUGAAGGGCCCCUGCUGGAGCCAGUGGGCAGUGAGCAGGCCCGGGACACCUAUCUGGUGCUAGACAAGUGGCUGCUGCCCCAGAGCCCACCCAGUGAGGGCCUGCUGGGGCCUGGUGGCAGCGUGGGCACGGCAGCCACGGACUCGGACUUGGACACUUCCUCCUGCUCAUCCACCUUGGUCAGAAAGCCCGGGCCAGAGGGGGCUUCAGCUGCCAGCUUCGAGUAUACCAUCCUGGACCCCAGCUCCCAGCUCCUGUGUCCACGGACACUGUCCCUUGCACUGCCCCCCACCCCGCCCCACCUUAAGUACCUCUACCUCGUGGUCUCUGACUCCGGUAUCUCCACUGACUACAGCUCUGGAGGCUCCCAGGGGAGCCCAGGGGAUGCCUCUGACGCCCCUUACCCCAACCCCUAUGAGAAUAGCCUUGUCCCCACACCCGAACCCUCACCCCCCAGCUACGUAGCCUGCACCUAGGAGCCCAGUCCAGAGGUGCCUGGGGAUCCAGCACAGCUCAGCACUCGAGUUACGAUCCAGAGCUAAGACUCACCGGGCAGGGUUGUCUAAGCCUUCCUCAGGGCUGGGGGCAUGGCUGGCAUCGGUAUACGGCCUAGUCCACCCAGCUCAGGCCAGCAGAGCGUCCCAGAAGUCUUCAAACCGCAUCUAUAAAGGGACAGCUCAAGCUCCUCUCGUGUCUUUUCCAAACACUCACCCUUCCCUGGGUCGAGGCCCGAAUAAAGAUCCUUGAGCUCUCUGUA